AUGCAUGGGAAAUUGUACGCCAUAGGUGGAUCAGGUGGACGGGUGGACAAGUCGGAAUCUCUGUCAUCUGUUGAGCGGUAUACUCCAAGUAAAGAUGAAUGGGAGGAAGUAGCACCCAUUUCUGCACCCAAGCGGAGCGUGGCUGUAGCCGCCAUGCAUGGGAAAUUGUACGCCAUAGGUGGAUCAGGUACCAAAUUCGUAUCGAGUCGCGUGGAAAGGUUCCUCCCAUCCGAAAACAAGUGGGAAGUUAGGGCACCUUUGUCAAUACCCCGGUUCUUUGCCGAUCUCCAGCAAGUAGGUAGUGCUCUGUUCUUGGUUGGCGGUGCUACUCUGGAUGUGGACAGCCGUGUUGUCUGCGUGGACACAGUUGAGAGAUACGUACCAACAACAGACACGUGGACUAUUGUCAGCAGAAUGAGGACACCCAGGGCUGAGUUUGGAACGGCUGCCAUUGCCGACAAGAUAUUCAUUCUUGGAGGAUACAACUGGGACACUCGAACACGACUUUACAGUGUAGAAUCGUUCAGUCCCUCCCGAGAGUUGUGGUCAGAUUGCUGCAUGUUGAACAAUCCGUACACAGGGUUAGCGGGUGCAACAAUCACCUUGUAUAAAAGGAACCGUUCAGAUUAUGAACCACCUUGAACCUGCCAGCAUUAUAAAAUAUGGCGUAGUAAUGAAAACAUGCAAACAAUUCAAUAUUUCUUUAAUUAAAUCAUAUACUUAUACUAUAGUUUCAACAACUUUAAAAUAUAUGUGAUCAGAUUAUAUUAACAGUUAAUCUUAUUGUAAUGUUAUCGAUAUUCUGUAAAUGUAUAUUGAAAGGUCACCUUUUGCUAAAAGGCUUGU